UCGACACGGGAUGGCGGCUCUCGGGGCGAAGGAAGCUAGCUUCAGCCUUGCAGUUCCCCCACAAUUUCGAAGUAGGCUUUACACGGACUCAUCUCCGUACCAUACAAAUCAUAGCCUCCCACCUCACUUUGAAGGCACAACUAAUAUGCAAGUCAUGGAGUGACCCCGCUCGUAGGCUUUAAAUGCAGUGCGCGGUCCUCGACGUACUCACCCUACACACAACCCAAUUCAGCGGCCUCCGUUAUGACCGCCACAACCAUGAAAGCCGUACGAGUCAUGGCGUACCAUGCGCCCAUGGAGAUACACGAUGUUCCAGUACCAACAGUAGAGUCCCCACUCGACGUCAUUGUCCGGGUUGGUGCUGCUGGUGUAUGCCGUACUGACAUCCAUAUUUGUGACGGCGAAUGGAAAGAGAAAUCAAACGUCGAACUACCGUAUACUAUUGGCCAUGAGAACGCGGGGUGGGUGCACGAAGUUGGUGCCUCGGUUGGCAACGUCCAAGUUGGUGACAAGGUGAUCCUGCAUCCACUCGUCACGUGUGGGCUAUGUACGGCUUGUCGAUCCGGAGACGACGUUCACUGUGAGGACAGUAAAUUUCCAGGCAUCAAUGUUGAUGGUGGCUACGCUGAAUACAUCCGUACAACAGCAAGGAGCGUAAUCAAGCUGGACGAGAAACUCGAGCCCUCAGAUGUCGCUGCUCUUGCAGAUGCGGGAUUGACCGCCUAUCACGUCGUUGCGAAAGCAGCGAGGAUAUUGCGGCCAGGCGAUUACUGCGUCAUAGUUGGCGCCGGAGGUCUUGGACACAUUGGCAUUCAAUGCAUGAAGGCGAUGAAUGCGGCCACCUUGAUUGUUAUUGACAGUAACCAAGCCGCUCUCGAUCUUGCAUCAUCCAUUGGAGCCGACCACACAGUACAAGUCAACGAAGACGAGUCCUUCAUCGAGGCAGUCAUGAAACUCACGCAAGGCAAGGGUGCUGCAGCCGUUAUUGACUUUGUUGCCGAAGGCGGUUCUACGAAGUCUGGUGUCAAGAUGCUGCGAAGAGCAGGAAACUACUAUAUCGUAGGAUAUGGCGAGAACCUAAAUAUCCCUACGAUUGAUAUUGUCUCAACAGAGAUAAAUUUUGUGGGGAAUCUAGUGGGCAGCUACAACGAUCUUGCUGAGUUGAUGGUACUGGCAGCGCAAGGAAAGGUUAAGCUGCACACAUCGAAGUACAAGCUCGCAGACUAUGAUUCUGCCAUACAGGAUCUGAGGGACGGAAAUGUAAGAGGAAGGGCGAUCCUGAUACCACAGAGUGUAUAAAUCCAACGAGACUGCCAUUCGAU